GUUAAGGCAGAUGAUAUACCAAGACAGCUUUCGAAACUCAUUAUGGACAUUACGAGUUCACAGUUAUGCCAUUCGGAUUGACAAAUGCUCCAACAAUGUUCAUAAAUCUGACGAAUCGAUUACUGCCCAAGAAAUUGAAGUGGACCCAGUAAAGGUGGAAGCAGUAACUAACUGGAAGACACUGACUAAUGCUGGUGAAGUUCGAAGUUUCGUAGGAUUAGCUGGGUACUAUCGAAGAUUUAUAGAGGGAUUCUCCAAAAUAGCUGGACCAACGACACAAUUGAUAAGGAAAGGAGUAAAGUUUCAAUGGACAGAUAAGUGUGAGCAAAGCUUUCAGGAGCUUAAACAACGAUUGAUCACAAAACUUAUAUUAACCAUACCUGAAGAUUCAGAAGG